AUGAAACACAUGAGGAACACAGACAAAGGAAUUGUUCUUCUAGAAUACACUGUCUUCCUUUCUAUCCCUUCAACCGUUCUCUCUUUCUUUCUUUCUUUCUUUCUUUCUUUCUUUCUUUCUUUCUUUCUUCGUCACCACGUCCCUUUCUCUCUUUUUUCUUUUACUGACAUGCUGUUUUAUUAUUCUUAUUUUUGUCACACCCUAUCUUUCAUUCAUUCGUUCUUUCUUUCUUUCUUAUUUUCGUUACCAUCUUCCCUUUCUUUCUUUCUUUCUUUCUUUCUUUCUUUCUUUCUUUCUUUCUUUCUUUCUUUCUUUCUUUUUCCGACGUGCUGUUUUACUAUUAUUAUAUUCGUCAACCUCGCCUCUCUCGCUUUCUUUCAUUCUUUUCAGCACUUUUUCUUUUCCAUUCUCAUAACAAUGCUAAAAUUAAUCACCGUGACGCCCACCAGCUUCUUCUUCUUCUUCUUCUUCUCUCUCUCUCUCUCUCUCUUUCUUUCUCUCUCUCUCUCUCUCUCUCCGUUCAUUAUCUAUCUAUCUAUCUAUCUAUCUAUCUAUCUAUCUAUCUAUCUAUGUCUGUUCAUUAUCUAUCUAUCUCUGUCUGUUCAUUAUCUAUCUAUCUAUCUAUCUAUCUAUCUAUCUAUCUAUCUAUCUAUCUAUCUAUCUUUUUUCCAUUCCAACAAUAUAGAGGUUAUUUUUGUGAUAUCUAUCACAUUUUUUGCAUAUCGAUGUAUGUACGUAUCUACCUAUCGAUGUGUCUGUAUGUCUGUCUAUCUAUCUAUCUAUCUAUCUAUUUAUCUCAUUUUUGCAUAUCUAUCUCAUUUUUUUGUAUAUCUAUCAAUGACAUUUUUGCAUAUCUAUCUCAUUGUGCAUAUCUAUCUAUCUAUCUAUCUAUCUCAUUUUUUGCCUAUCUAUCUAUCUAUCUAUCUAUCUAUCUAUCUAUCUAUCUAUCUAUCUCAUUCUUGCAUAUCUAUCUCAUUUUUUUCAUAUCUAUUUCAAUCUGUUUCUAUCUAUCUACUCUUUUCAUCUCGUAUAUAUCUAUCUAUGCAUCUAAAUCUAUUCAUAUCUAUCUAUCUAUCUAUCUAUCUAUCUAUCUAUCUAUCUAUCUCAAUCAUUAUCUAUCUAUCUAUCUAUCUAUCUAUCUAUCUAUCUAUCUGA